AAUUUUGCAAACUGUGAUGAUAAGUGUUAUUAUAUGUAUUGCAUAAAAAUGUAUUUUAAUAUUUAAAAAAAUUUGUUUCUUCUGUCAAUUAAAAUGGUACACUGAAAACAAUGAAUCACUUUCAUAAUUUUAAUAUUGGUGAUACUUCAAUUAAAUAAUGUAAUGAAAAUUGAAAUCACUACAUUAUUGGUUUAAAAGCACUUUGUCACAAAAUCCUACAAUUAAAUAUGGUAAUAUAUCUAAUAUUAUGCAAAAUACAAUACGUAAGACUGAAAUGUCAAGUAUAAAUACUAAUAUUCAACAAUUUCUAAAGUAAGAUAUCAAUAAUCAACUUAAUAAUAUAACAAUAUAAAAUUGAUUAUCUUUAUUUAGUUUUACUCAGAAAUCGCAUGAUAGUUUUUAUGAUAAAGUGAUAUUAAGAAAUGUUUUUGGAUACUGGAAGAUCUAUGUUAUACACAAAUUACAUGCAAGAAGAGCUAAAUAUAAAGCAGAUUAUUUUUAUCACAAAAAAUUACAGAAAAAGGUUUUGAAUGCGUUAUCAAAAAAUGUAUUAUUAAAAUGGAAAAAUAUUGUUUCAUUUAUGGAUAAGUGCACUAAUGACCCUAUAGUUUCUGUCAAUUAUAAAAAAGCAGAGACACAUUAUUCUAAAUCUUUAUUAAGAAACUAUUUUAAAUAUUGGAAUAAUUGUAUUUCAAUGACAGAUAAGAAAAGAGCCUUAUUAGAAAAAUCUGUUGCUUUCUACAAUAUAUAUUGUUUGAAAAACUGUAUUACAAAUUGGAAAUUAUAUGUAGCGUUACAAAAGGAGAAAAAAAUUAUAAAAGAUAAAAUUGACAAGGCACGUAAAUUUUAUGCAAAGAAAGUUUUACAAACUUUCAUAAGAAUUUGGAUUAAUAGUUGUGAAUUUAUAUUACAAAAAAGUAAAAUAGCACAUGCAAUUAUGCAUUAUAAAAGUAAAUUGUUAAUAAAAUAUUUUGAUGCUUGGAAAAUAUAUCAUGAAUACAAACUAAAAAAGUUAAAUAUAGAAGAACGUGUUUCGGUAUACAAUAGAACAAAAUUGUUAAAACGAUAUUUUGAACAUUUUAUAUCGUGUGUAAAUGAAUCCAUCACGGAGAAGACAAUGAAUGCAAAUAUCGAAAUGUUUUACAACUUCAAACUUGUACAAAAGACAUUCUUUGCAUGGCAAGAUUGGUAUAAUAUGAGUGUACAAAAUUCAAUAAAAAAUCGUGAAAUUAGAAACAUAUUUGAAAACAGAAAAAAGAGUAUAAUGUUCGAUAAUUGGCGUUUAUAUAUAAUUCAAAAAAAAUGCAAAAGAAGAAAGAUAUUUACAGCGGGCAAUUUUUAUGAGAAAAAGUUGACAAUUAAAACUUUAAAGAAGUUUUAUAAUUAUGCCGCUUAUAGAAAAGAGAAAAGAAUUAGAUUAUCUUAUUUAAACGAUAAAAGUAAGGAAAUUAUGCGACGAUUGCAAUAUAUUUACAUAGAAAAAUGGAGAAACGCGCUUUACAGUGUUAUACAAGAGAAACAAAAGUUAUAUCAAGCGACUCAAUUUUGGGAAUCGAAUGUAACUCGUAAAUACUUUUUCAAUUGGAUAGAAUUUUCCCGGCAGUACAAGAUAAAAAUGGUUCGUAAACAAGAAUUAAACGAGAUUGCCAUUGGUUUCCUAUUGAAAAGAUUUAUUUUACAUUGGCACUCCAAGUUACAAGAUGUUCUCUAUAUACGUAAAAAAGAAUUUCUUGCGAUUUCCAUGAUGGAACAUAAAAUUUUGAGAAAGUACUUUCUGCUUUGGGAACAGUAUAUUGCACAAAAAGUGAAAAUGAACGAUGAUGUGAAAGUGGCAAUGAAAUUACAUAAACAGCUCUUGUUACGAGAAGGACUUAAAGAAAUUUUAAGAAAUUCCCUUUAUAAUAUCGAUUGUCAACGUGAUUUACAAUUAAAAAAUGCAGUAAUGAGGUCAUUUCAAAAUUUUGAAAUUUUAAAAGAAUACUUCGAUAAAUGGCAUUCGUUCGUUUAUUUAAAAAAGAAAUCAGUACCUGUCUGCGAAAUUACAGAUAGCGAUGAAUUUCAGUUUAAGCGUAUUCAAAUUCCAUGUAAUAAUAUAUAUAAUAAUUUUAAAACUUGCUUAGUUUUACCAGAAUAUAUGAUGAACAAAGAUACAAUUUUAAAUGCACAUAAUUCAUUUCACAAGUUUUCGGGAAAAAGCUGGUUAUUUGAUUCAUUUUAAUCACUUUAGAAUAACAAUAACUUAAUUAAAAAAGUACAGUAUAAAUAGUAAGAAAUAUAUCUCUAGAAACCACUUAUUAUAUAUGUAUAUAUAUAUAUACAUAAUAUUGUUUAUAUACAUUUUAUUCUUAAAAUGCUAUCAGUUUG